GCGUCGUUGGCCAAUACAUUGGUGAUACAGUGUUUCUGCAAGACAUUAACGAAAAUCAAAUCCAAGUAGCUGUCCAGAAAAAGAACAACUCACAGAUCUAUUUUACUGAGGGCUAGUCUCGAUUGAGAGAUUUUUACGGUAUCAAUGCGGGCGCUUGGAUUACUCUUUUGUUUAUCAGUCCUUUUGUUUUUUUUUAUCAGAGUGCGGUACAUAACAGGCAUGGAGAUUACAUAUCCUUUUAAGACUCCUCCAUACAAACUCGUGUUGGAAAAACCUUUCCAAGAAGCAACUUCAAGUGGACAUAUUCCAUAUUUUGUUCUCCCAAAAGUCUUUUCACAUAGACUUGAAAAGACCUUGACUACUCCUGAUGUCCAAACCGGUACUUUGACACUUUAUUGGAGGGGAUUCUGUCAAAAUGCACUACCUAAUGAGGAGACUCAGCUUAGGAUAAUUGAUUGGCUUGGUAAUACAUGGAACCAGUGUGAUCUUAGGUUUGACAAUACUCCCUAUAUGAGCUGCAAGAUCUCGGGUGACUAGCGUGAUAUUUGCAAGGUGCAUAAGUUGGCUGAGGGUACCAUUAUCAAAUUCGGCGUCACUGAGGCAUCCAACAAUAGGACUAUCUACUUUAAGUUGUCCCCUUAUCUCGGAGUUCAGACAACCCUUUAUGAUCCUUCAACGUCUAUAGCGACCGGAAAACAUUUUACCAGAGCCAACACUAUUAUAUGCUUUAGGCUUCUUGCAAGU